CACAUUCUAUUGGUCCAUUGUGGCACAGAUCGGGGUCAUCAAGUUUGUCGCGCGAGGCUUAUAUAACGCUUGAAUGUUGACAGCUUGGGACAUACGUACUAUGCGAGCACGUGCCUGUGUCACAUUUUGACAAGUAGUACUCAAACGUGUGUAUUUGAUUAUAGUCUGCGGCAACUGAUGUGAUUUUACCUGUUGAGGGAACUCGACUCUCAUCAUUGCGAGAAAAAUACCUUAAGAAAUCGCGUCUACCUUCAGUAAAUUUCAACGCAAUUAAUACGAGGAACAUUGAAACUAAAGAAACUGACACUGCAAGUCAGGAGUUGACAAAAUUGAUCCUUUUAUGUUCUACAAUUUGUUAUCCGGGCUUCGCUGCUGUUUCCUCGGUAGUCUAUUCCCAGCCAGAAUGGAGGCCAGCAUCUUCGUCGGAUUGCAUACCCUUCUCUUGUUCGCGGUCACUUUUCUCCUGGUGAUGGCCGCCGUUCAUCGGUUCCGAGUCAGAGCCAAGAACCUCCCGCCGGGCCCCUGGGGCCUGCCUAUCGUGGGCAGCCUGCUCAGCCUCGGCGCCAACCCGCACCUCACGUUUCUGGAGAUGACCAAGACGUACGGCAACGUGUUCCGGGUGAACUUGGCCGGACAGCGAGUGGUGGUGGUCAAUGGGUUUGAGGCAGUCCGUGAAGCACUGGUCAAGAAUGCUUCGGCCUUCGCUGGGCGCCCAAAGAUGCCCUUGUUCCACAGACUUACCGAAGGGCAAGGGAUUGUGUCAUCUGACUUUGGGCCGAUCUGGCGUGAGCAGCGUCGCUUCACUCUCCAUACCCUCAGAAACUUUGGCUUUGGAAAGAAGAGCUUUGAGGUCAAAAUCACCGAGGAGAUCAACCACAUGCUAGCUGCCUUCAAAGAGAAGGGCAGCGAGCCCUUCCAUGCAGACCACAUCCUUGAGAUCAGUGCAUCCAACGUGGUGAGCAGUCUCAACUUUGGACGGAGGUUUGACUACAAGGAUCCACAGUUCCAGCUUCUAGUGGACAUGAUCUACAGAUUUUCUGAGAUAGGGACUAAUGCAGCCGCCGCCAACUUCUUCCCGUUUCUCAUCAACCUCCCUCUGCCCAACAUCCGGGAGAUGUUCAACAUCAAUGACAUCAUUACAGGUUUCUUGACCAGCAUCAUCGGGCAGCACAAGGAAACCUAUAAUCCAGUGGCUCAGCGGGAUUUCAUCGAUGCCUACCUUGGUGAAAUUGCACGUCGCCAACAGGAGUGCCUCCAAGAUGAAGUCACAGCAUCCUUCACUGAGAGGUAUCUCUAUCACAUCUUGAGUGACCUCAUCUUUGCUGGCACAGAGACAAUGUCCUCCACACUGAGAUGGGCUAUCCUCUACAUGAUUGUCUUCCCAGAUGUCCAGGAGAAGAUUCAAGCAGAGUUGGACUCUGUCAUUGCCAAGGAUCAGCUUCCAUGCAUUGGAGACAGAAAGCAAUUGCCAUACACAGAAGCUACAUUGAUGGAGGUGCAGCGUAUGGCCAAUAUCACUGCUCUGCCUUACCCACACAAAACCACAGAAGACACAGAGCUGAGUGGGUACAGCAUUCCUAAAGACACACCCAUCUACAUCAACCUGUACUCUGUUCACGUCGACCCCACACAGUGGACAGAGCCAGAGAAGUUCAGGCCAGAGAGGUUCUUGGAUGAAAACAGAAAAGUCCGAAACAGGCCUGCACUCAUGCCUUUCUCAGCUGGUCGCCGAGCCUGCCCAGGGGAGAAUCUUGCCAAGAUGGAGUUAUUUCUCUUCUUCUCCUCCAUGCUCCAUGCCUUCAAGUUUAGUGUGGCCCCGGAAAACCCACAGCCCAGCAUUGAGAAAAACUACGGCAUCAGCCUCAACCCAAGCCCCUUCAAGAUCUGCACCUCUCCCCGGUGAUAGGUGAUGAACAAUUUCAAGAACAGCUAGUACAAGACAGUUUUGUUUUGCCUAGAGGCCAAAUUACAUACAUUUGCUUAUUGUGGAUAUCAACGCUAAACACAAACAGGCUUUGUUUAAGACAAACACAUAUGUACUUACCGUAAAGGAAUGUUGCUCCAGAUGUCUUCACUAACCCACUUAACAUACAGUUUUGAUAUUUUAGUGCAGUAAAGAUCACAAGUGAAAUAUGCUUUCAGUAAACACAGGAUAUCUUUUUGUUUUAUUAAAAAAUCUUACUGUAAGCAGCACUGAGAAAUUAAACCCUUGCUGUGAGGAGGAAGGAUUUUUUUGGGUGGCCAAUAUUAGGUGCAGACAUUUUGGGGCGGUGUAUUUUACAUUGUGAAGAAGAACAUGCACAAUGUUCAGGCCAACUGUGGUCCUAAUCUUCUUGGCAACAAAAGUCUAUAUUGAAAAUAUCGUUUUCACCGAGUGAUGCUAGUUUUCAUGACACAAAAUAGUCACAAUCUUAGUCCCAGUGCUUGGUUGAAUUUGUUGUUCAAUUUGUUGUUAAAAUAUUUUUUGAUUCUGUGUUAUUGACCAUCAUCAAAGGAAAACAGAAAACCCAAAAUUAAGCCACAUUAUAAAUUAAGAACCAUUUGUCCUUAAAAAAUGGUAAAACUUUGGAUUGGACAUAACAUCGAAGACAGUCAAAGAAACAUGCAUUUCUCUCAUACACAGUGCUACAUUUUGAUAAACAUAUUUUCUGUGUAUCGAUCUUCAAAUGAAUUGAAAUUUGAAAUGCAAGGUUUUCAAGAUGAAAUUUUCGUUGACGUGUUUGUCUGAAAGAUGCUCAAUAUCAUCUGUUGUUAACUGUAAAUAUUCUAAUUGCCGGCUUUCGUAGCUGAUGUAUUCUCAAAUAUUCAAAUAUUACAUUAUGUACAUGUAGGCAGUUGACUUUUAAAACAACACCGAUUUCUAAAAGAAAAUCCAUGGAGAAGGUGAAGACUGGAUAUAAUUUAAUGAAUUAACUUAUUUAUAAUUCGCCGAGUGCUGAUGGCAUGACUUCAGUAUGUGUUGUUUUAGUUGUUAACAAAGGCUUGAGCUGUUAUUUAUGUCACUUACAUUGAUUUUUAUAUAUUGUAAAUAUAAAUUAUUUUUCCUUUUGUAUCUCAAUAUUGAAGAUCAUUAUCCUAUUAUUAAUUAAGUUAUUUUCAUUCCUAUUUUUUUUUCAGAGUGUAAAUGUUGUAUUCAGAUGUAGUAACGGAUCCAUAUGUACAGAAUUUUAAUGAACAUUAAGCUCAGGAAAGAAAGCAUAUGUCAUUUAGGAGGAUCAAAUGAGGUUUACUCCUCAAAAAUUCUCAUUUUUAUAAAAACAAAUGAAGGCCUUUCAACUUUUUGUAUUAUAAGCCUUUAAAUUUCACUAGUUCUAGUUUUGGUAGUUCUUUAACAUAUACAUGUAUCUUAAAGCCAUAUAUCACUGAACAUGUUUGUCUCAUAUCAAAGUGGUAAGAUGUUUUCUCAUGUAUAAAUACUGGUCAAAUAAUUGACUUAUAUAGGUUUCUUAUAUCAGUCCGUGGUACUCAGAAUGAGGUGAAAUGACCAAUAUUAGAAUGGUUCCAAGGUUGAAGUGCCUGUCUGCAUAGGGACCACUAUCUAAUCUUUAAAGAACAUGUUCAAGAGUGGAGGCAAUGGUAAAACAUAUUGACAUCUCUGCAGAGUGAAUUACUUUACAAAUGGUCUUCCGCACCAUCAGUGCCUUCAUAAUGUUUCCUAAGAAAGGAACACCUAUACUCAUAGCUUUUCGUAAACUUUUGUUCUACUGUUACAUUUCAGUUGCUUCAAUAAAAUAGAAUGAUAAAAUAUUUUGUAGAGGUACAAAAAAUACACAAGUUAAUAAGUUGAACACACAAACUAAAAACAAACUUCGAAAGAAGAGUUGAGCUGUGGAUUCUCCAUUGUAAAGCUAACAAUUGUGUAUCGUAUAGUAAUUUGCAAAUAUUAAACAACACUGCAGGUGAAAGUACCUAGCAUUUUAAUCCCUUGACCUUGGCCCACAAUUCCGUCUGAGAAAAUCACUGUUUGAUUCCAAAGUUAAGAAAAAAAACAAGUGUCUGACACGAGUGUUGCCGUUUGUGUCACCCCAGCACCUGCAAUCACAUGGUUACUGAUUGUUCCCCCAACAAACACUUAUGUCUGCAAAAACACAGGUGUUCAGGGAACCUGUAAAUGACCCUCUACACUGAAGGGAUUAAUUUAGAGUCCACAGAUGCUAUGGGGAUUAUGAUAUACUCCUCUUGUAAUAAAUUGGACUCUAUAGCAGACAAAACAAGCCAGGGGAGAAGUGUGGGGCAAUCCAUGGUGCAAAUAAUGACCCAGAUGUGAAGUCCUAAGCCUUGCACUCUUUUAUCAGUAGUUUAACCCAAGUGAGUAUACUGCUCAGUGCAGCCAAAAUAGGGACAUAAUAAAGCUGUCAGCUUGUAAUAAUAUUGUUCUAAGUAUUUAAACAUCAUACUUUUGUUCUUGCCUCAAAAGUACACUUGAAGUACAUUGUAAGUGACAAAAAGGGGUACAUGUAGCAGUUGGUCUCUAAGUCUUAAAGUUCUUUUAGAGGACUCUUGUCACAAUACAGGUGUUGACAGGAACUUGGUCCAUGAAUAGGGUCUCAAAUGUUGCCUGUGGCAAAUCAACACUUGGAAAAGACGACCGAUACUGUGACAAAGUGAAACAUGUUGCACCCGAAGGUGCAUUUACUUCCACAUCGUUUAAAAAGAAUUCUAUUUCAUUUCAUGAAAUUUCAUAAAAAAUGAGAUCAAAAAUAUGUGGCUAAUGGUUCAGUGUUUGGUUUUACAUGUAUUCAUGGUCAUUACCUUUGGAUUCAAUUUUCAAAUUUGCAUUCAAUUCUUACACUGUAUGAUAUAUUGUGAAUGUUCUAAGAUUUUGUAUUGAUUACUAUCGUGCCUUCAAUGUACAUUCAGAUUAUUACCGAUUUAUUACAUAUUAAACAAAUGUGGAUUUGGAUAACAAUGACUAGCUAGUCCCUGCUAA